AUGAAGCUCAAUAGAGUUCGCCGCCGCCGCCGUGAUUUGCAGAAAGCAGCUGCCGAUGAAGACAGAGACAGACUAAGCAAGCUGCCAAAUGACUUGUUGCUCAACAUCCUGGAGAGGGUGGAUACACUUGAUGCUCUAAGAGCCUGCAUCCUCUCGAAGCGUAUGUGGAACCUGCCCACUAUGCUCUCGCAGAUUGUCAUUCUUCUUGGCCCCCGCGAUUUGUUCCGAAUGAAUGGUUCUGUGGCUGAUGUGACUGACAAGAUUCUGCGGACGAGGUCACCACAGAUCACCCUUUGUAAGCUGAAGGUCAGAUUCAUAUUGAGACUUGAUGACUGCCUCUACAUUGGCAAAUCUGUUUCCUUCGCCAUGGCAACCCAGAAACUGGAUGCAGCCGAGUUUGAAAUCUCGACGCAGACAUCUUCUGAUCGUUGCACUAAAGCUGACUUCCUCCGCUAUGCGAAGCAGUUCAAAAGGUUUCUUGGUGGCUGCCCAGAUGCAUUUGCUGGUCUCACAAGGCUGCAUCUACAGAAUAUGAGUUUUCGUGAACCAGACAUACCCAACAUCCUUUGCACUUGCAAGAGGUUGGAGUCGUUGCGUCUCUUCCAGUGUGACGCAGGGAUCAAUUCGGAUUCGGUGGUGAAAGUAGAACAUGCUCGGCUUGUCGAGCUUGACAUCACCUUUGCUGGAUUUAUGACAAUGGAGCUCAAUUUUCUACCUAAGCUUGAACAUUUGACAUAUGAUAAUUGGCCGUGUGAUCAAAAUCCGUUGGUUCUUGAUUUUGUUCCUCAGCUGUCAAAGCUAAACCUCACUAAUUCAGCUCUUUCAGACAAGACCAUAGUGCUAAGACAUCUGCUUGCGAGUGCACCCUCCAUCAGCGAUCUGCACCUGGAUUUUCAAAAUGAGAAGAUUUGGGUUCAGCCAGAACGCCCUAAACUGCUUGCACCACCUGUGCUAGACAAACUACGGAUUGUGAAUUUCGAUAAUCUUCGUGAAGGCUGUGAUAUCGGUUGGACGAUUUUCAUCCUUGAAGCUGCACCAUCCCUACAGGAGCUGUGUGUCACAGUAUCGGGUCAUAGGUGUCCAAUGAACCGCACUUUCUCCGAGGAAACAGAUGUGAAGUGGGAGACAUCUGUUGCUGAUCUGAAGCACAAGAAUCUGUCUAAGCUAACCAUCCAUGGCUUUCAGUCUGACAACAGCUUCACGGGAUAUGUCAGGCGCAUCAUGGAAGCUUCGAUGAACCUCAAGGAGGUAUCUCUGCAUGACUGGAAGGUUUGCAAGCGCUGCACUGGCCCGAAGGUGAACACCGAGGAUGUAUGUUUGUCGAGAUAUCCACGAACAAGCGAGGAGAAGUGUUUGUUGAGGAAAAAGAUUUCAGAGGGUUUGAUGAUGGCUUCUCCUGCUGUGAUUCACUUCGCGCCCCCAUGCUUCAUUCUACCUCGGGUCGUAAAGUCUUUUUAA